AUGUCUCCUGCAGCUCAGUUCGGGCCCCGCGAAAUAACGCAACUCCAUGGUGCCACGACAUCGCGCGAGCCAAAAUGGCGCCGACCUCCACGAUACGGUGAGGGAAAGGGUUACGAGGAAAACGUAUCCAGUCACAGGGGCAUCUCAGGCAAAGAGCUGAUUCGAGCAUUGGCAGCAAGCCUCACUUUGACCGUGGCCCGGGGCAACCGAUUCAUUGGUAAAGACAGGGCUGAUGGGAUUAAACUGGUAAAAGGGUUGGGCGUCGUUGUCGGAUAG